UGACAAGCCAAAUGAUAUAUGAGAUAACCUAUAUGGUAAUCUUGAAAAGCUUUUCUUUGUAAAAUUCUACGUGUUUCCAUUGUGUCCCAGAUCAAUUGGAUUCAUUAUCAAAUCAGAACUUUGAAAUUUAUCAAGGAUAUAUUCGCAGAUACUAUAAUGAAAGAGGAAAGUAUCAUGACUGUAAUUGAAGAUGAUCAAAUCAAUAAAGUAACCAAUAUGAGUAAUGGUUGUCUGAAUUGUAUCAGAAGUCGUACAACAAUAUUGAUUAUUGUAUUUAUUGCAUUACUUCUAGAUAAUGUAUUAUUAACUACUAUUGUCCCAAUUAUACCUAAAUUAUUAUCAAAUAAAGAAGAAAUAGAAACUAAUUGUACCCAUGGGAAUUGUUCCCAUUCAAUUAUUCAUACCAUUGAUAAUUAUAAUCCACAUAUUAAAAUUGGUAUUCUAUUUACUGUUAAACCACUUGUACAGUUCUUAGUGAAUCCAUUUGUUGGUCCAAUUACUAACAGAAUUGGUUAUAGUAUUCCAAUGUUUACUGGAUUCAUACUCUUGUUUAUAUCAAUAAUUAUUUUUGCUUUUGAAACAAAUUUCUACAUUUUAUUGAUUGCCAGAGCUAUUCAAGGUGUUGGAUCAGCAUGUUCAUCUGUAUCCGGAAUGGGAAUGUUAGCCACUUAUUAUAUUGAUGAAACAGAACGAGGUCGUGCAUUUGCUAUUGCUUUAAGUGGACUUGCUAUAGGGUUAUUAAUUGGUGCCCCCUAUGGAGGAAUUACAUAUCAAUUUAUAAGUAAACAAGCACCAUUUCUUAUUCUCGCUAGUGUCACUGUUGUCGAUGGAAUUCUACAAUUGUUAGUCUUGAAACCAAAGAUUCAACGUGAAAGUCAAGAAGGUUCAAAAUUAACUGAAUUGUUAAAAGAUCCAUAUAUUUUAGUAGCAGCUGGUUCAAUUACAUUUGGUAAUCUUGGUAUGUCUGUAUUAGAACCAACUUUACCAUUAUGGAUGAAAACUAGAAUGAAUUCUACUGAAUGGCAACAAGGUAUUGCAUUUCUACCAGCUAGUUUAUCAUAUCUAGUUGGUACAAAUAUAUUUGGACCAAUUUCACAUAGAAUUGGUAGUGGAUAUAGUGCUGGUUUAGGUUUAUUAAUUACUACUGGAUGUUUAAUAGCAGUACCAUUUUCAAAACGAAUGGAACAUUUAAUAGCGCCUAUGUUUGGUUUGGGAUUUGCUGUUGGCAUGGUUGAUUCAUCAAUGAUGCCAAUCAUGGGUUAUUUAGUAGACUUAAGACAUGUUGCAGUUUAUGGAAGUGUUUAUGCUAUUGCAGAUGUAGCAUUUUGUCUUUCAUUUGUAAUUGGACCAAUUAUUGGUGCUGUAUUGGUGAAAUUCUUAGGUUUUAAUUGGAUGAUUUGGAUUACUGCAAUCAUUUGUUUUCUGUAUGCUCCUUUAACGUUAUUUCUCAGGAAUCCAUCAGAAAAAGAGACAAGUGAUUUAGAGAUAACAGUUUGUAAAUCUAUUUCCGGUUUAGAUGAAUAAUCGGGAACUGUCAUUCAAUUAAAAAUGUUAUGAUGCAUUUCUCUUUGUAUUGAUAUUAAUAUCUCUGUUGAGCUUUUACCAGUUAUCCAAGUGAAAUCCUAAAAGGAACAAACAACUUAGUAAUUCAAACAGAUGGAUUUAUUAUCAUCAAUGAGGUUGAGAAAUAUUGUGUCUUUCAGUUUGAUCAUUUAAUUUAAUUGUGGAUAAAUACUAUUUCCACUUUAUUAUAAAA